CUGCGGAAGUGCCACACGAACGCGACCUCGAGUCCCUUCCGCGCACAACGGUAAAUCGAGUGGGUCGGAGGCAGUCUCCGAGUUUAUCCGACUUUGCCGACUUUUUCGACUUUUCCGAGUUUUCCGCCACUUUUCGCCGACAAAAGGAAAGGCGUAAUUUUGAAUGAAGCAAAGUAAAGGUAAACUUAAAGCGAACCGAGAUAAAACCGAAGGCAGCAGCUGAGUCAUAAAAGCAGCAACACCAACAGCAACAAAAACAACAACAAAAAGAACAACAAUCUAGCUGAAUGUUGCUGGCGAGCGUUUAGCUCAAAUAUUUCAUUGACGGCUGGCAAAAGUAAAAGUUUAAGUAAGCAUAAAACAAAAUAUAAUAGCGGCAACAGGGAAUGGCGCAUUAUGCUGCUAAAGUCGACAACGACGGCGGCGGCAGAAGCAGCAAUACCAACAGCAACAACAGCAACAGCAGCAACAGGAGCAGCAGCAACAGCACCAACAGCAGCAACAUUAGCAGCAGCAACAUCAGCACUUAAAUGCAGCAACAAGAAAAAUCAGCUGAAAACUGGCAAAUAAAACUCAACGACAGGCAAAAACUAUUAAAUCUCGCUGGAUGCCUGCGGCAAUAGUUAUUGUUAAACAACACAAGAAGCAGCAGCAACAGAGGGAGCAGGACCAACGGCAACAGCAGCAACAACAACAGCAGCAACAGCAACAGCAACAUCGGCAACAGGAGGGGAAACAAAUUUGCAAUAUAAAUUUAUGCGGAUUUUUGCGUCGCAGCGGCGCCGUCGACGUCGACGUCAUCGAAUCGCGUAGCCCAGGCCACGCUGCUGAUGUCGACGUCCCAGCAGCAACAUCAACGGCAGCAACAGCAACAUCAGCAGCAACAAGCGGCAGGAGAGUUACAGCAGGAGCAACAACAACAACAACAACAGCAACAUCGAAGGCAACGACGACGACGCGAGCUGUUAUUAUAAUAAUGGCGCUAGUUGUUAGCAUAAUACAACAACAGCAGCAACAGCAACAACCAUUCGGACAGCGGCAACAACAAUCGCUUCUCUGGCCAUUCUAUAACGGAAUGGCUGCUGGUGCUGCGGCUGCGUCCACUGGGCAACCGGAUGACUCCGGCGAUGAUGGCCCAACCCUGUCGACAUUCCUGUCAUCAUCACCAUCAGCGUCGCCAUCAGCGGCAGCGGCGGCGGCAGCAUCGCCAUCCAGUUAUUCAACGUUUGCGGCGGCCAACGGGCCACAAACGGAAGCCACGAAUCACACUUUCAAGAGUUUAGCCUUCCUGGACGCGUCCUUUGGCUCCGAUCUCUUUGCCCAAUCGGACACGGAGAGGGAAAGGGAGAGGGAGAGAGAGAGGGAGAUGGAGGGGGAACUGGGGCAGGACUCCGCGCAGUCGUUGCCAAUUUUCGACUUUGGCAUGCCGCGCAACAUCACCGGACGCACUGGCCACACGGAGGCCAUAAUUAAAUGCCGCGUGGACAGUCUCCAUGACAAAUCGGUAUCCUGGAUACGGAAACGUGAUCUGCAUAUCCUGACCGUCGGCACCGCCACCUACACCUCGGACAAGCGAUUCCAGGUGACCGAAUCGAAGGACUCCAGGGAGUGGACGCUGCACGUGAAGUCGCCGCUGGCGAAGGACAGCGGCAUCUACGAGUGCCAGGUGAACACGGAGCCCAAAAUGUCCAUGGCCUUUCAGCUGAACAUCAUCGAAAUAUCUCCGGACGCCAAGGCGGUCAUCAGUGGCCCGCCGGAUCUGCACUUCAAGGCGGGCAGCGCCAUCAUCCUCAACUGUCUGGUGCAGCAGCCGUCGGUGAAGGACAUUGGCCCGAUUUACUGGUACCGCGGCGAGCACAUGAUCACGCCCUUCGACGCCGACGACGGCCAGCCGGAGGAGCCACCCGCAAGGACGCCCGAGGACCCGUCCUCCCCCAACGACCUGAUGAGCGAGGUGGACCUGCAGAAAGAGUUCGCCACGCGCAUCGCCAUGGAGUCGCAGCUGGGCGAUACCCUCAAGUCCAGGCUCCGCAUCUCGAAUGCCCAGACCACGGACACCGGCAACUACACGUGUCAGCCCACGACGGCCAGCAGCGCCAGUGUCCUCGUCCAUGUGAUUAAUGAUGAGAAUCCCGCUGCGAUGCAGAAGAGCGGGGCGUCCCCCCUCCGAGCCCCCCGAUUCCCCGGUCCGCUCCAGCUGGUCCUGCUGCUGGAGUUGUUGUUGUUGCGAGCGGUAUUGGCUGCCGGCAACUGAAACCGAGAGUUGUUAGCACUCUAAUUGCAGCAGAACGAGAAAAUUAUGUUCCAUGACGCUGGCAGUUUUUUCCGAGCGCCGUUUUUUAGGAUUCUGGAAUGGAAAACGGGCGAGGGGAAAUGGGGAAAAACAUGAAAAAGCGGGGAAAGGCAAACAAGACAGUCGCUUUCCCUUUCAGGCGAGUGUUUGUUUUCCUUUUAAUAUUUACAUUUCAUUGUGCAAAAUGAGACACUGAGCCGGGCGAGGCAAUGCAAAAUGCAGAACGUGAAUUGCAAAGGCCAGAGGAAUGGAGGAGGACGCAGGACGAAGGACGAAGGACGAAGGACGAAGGACAUAGGACUAAGGACCAGAAGGAUGACACUCUCUGUAAAUACCACAAAGAUGCGGCGCUGCUUACAGAUAUACUUGCAUAUACAAAAGUGUGUAUUUUAUUUCAUUACUGCCGCUCCGCACAAAGGAGCCGCACACGCGUCGACUUUAUAAACAUUUCAUGCUGUCUUAACAGAGAGCCAAGCUAACCGAAAAGAAAGGAAAAUAUAACAAGAGAUGGGAGCCGCACACCCACACCCACUAACACACACAUUCACCCACUCACCCACAAAAGUACGCACACCACAAAACGUAUUGCUACUACCCGAAAAUUGUAAUAUACAUGAACGCAAACGACAAGCUCUCAUCUGAUAAACUAAAAGCAAAAAAAACUUAAUUAUAAACACUAACUUGUAUGGAAUUUAUUUAUGGGCAAAGUGAAAUUUAGUCACGCGGCACUCGACGUCGAAAUGGGAAUGAAAAUUGAAUAAAACGAAUGCGAAAUGCAAUAUGUGAAAGCGAAGAGCAAAUUGCGAAACUAAAUCAAUUGCGGCAUGCCCGACUAAGUUUUGUGUUGCACAUGCGAGUAAACUAUGGGUAGGCAUGAAUUUACUACACGUAAGCCAGUAAGCAGAUUUUAGAUAAUUUAUGUGAUGACAAACCGAAUGAAUAAAUCAAUGGAAUGAAC